CCAGUCCAAGAUGCACGGGACCGAAAGUUGCGUUGCAACUUAUGCGGCCACCUGUUUCAGGGGGGGUCGUCGAAGGCCGCGCGUCAUUUCAAGCAGUCGAAGUUCUGCAAGGCUGGGGGGAUGAGAGUUCUCGCGGAACUCUGGAACGGCACGGACUACACAUUCGUGUCGUCCACUGCUCAGAGGGUGCAGAGGUGGAUGGCAGACGAGGGCAUACGGGACACGAGAGCGCCCGCGGGUGGCCAGAGACAGCGGAUGGACGACGCAGAGAGAGACGAGAUUGAGGACGCCCUCGAUGAGGAGGAGGGCCGCGAGGGUGGGGCCAGGGAGGGGGCGGUUGCAGACGAGGCAGAUGAGGCAGUCGGAGAGCCUAACCUGCCAGGGGAGGAGGUGGUGAUGACGUCGAGAGGCGUCGGUCGAGCGGGUUCUGCUACUAGGGCGCCGCGACCUGAGUUGGAGCGAGCGAGGAGGGAGAAGAGGUCAGUGGGGAAGGCUGGCGUCGAGGUGCCAGACACGGGCAGGGAGAAGAGGGCUCGGCAGACCACGAUUGACGAGAUGUACGUCAGGGAGAAGUUGGCCGAGUUCUCAAACGCGUGGCUUCAGUGGAUCUACGUGAAGAAGUUGCCAUUCAACGCCUUCCGUGGUCCGGAGUUCCACAGGGUGCGGCAUGCAGCAAAGAGAGUGCCUCGCUCUAUCCAGUUCCGAUUUCCCUCCUACAGGGUUACAGAGGGCGCCGGUAUCCCUUCGCAGAGGGUGAAGGUGGCGACGAUGGUGAGCGAGCUGCGCGUCACUUUCCGGCACAGCGGUGCCACCAUCCUCUCCGACGGGAGGAAGUCACGCAGUGGCAAGCCGCUCGUGAACUUCCUCGCCGGGGGCGCCAAUGGCGCCCUGCUAUAUGCCACCGUCGCACGUGACGGGUCGAUCCGAGACACAACGGACGUCGUGUACCGUAGGUGGCGGGCCAUCAUCUUGUCUUUUCCUGCAAAGGACGUGAUUGGCUUCUGCACAGACUCCGCCAGUAACUAUACAAUGGCAGCGCGCAGGUUCGCCACAGACCCCAAGCCUGACAUUAGGAGGAUCACUUGGCUCCCCUGCUCCACCCAUGUCUGCAACUUGAUGUUGUCAGAUAUCGGGACAGGAACUGGGCGGAGCACGAGCGCGUCAGCACGGCGAGGCGCUGCAAGCUUGGGUUCGCCAAGCUUGCACAGCUGGUUGAGAUUGCCACCAAUCUCAAACUGGCCUCGUGCGCACRGCAGGGUGGUGGCUACGUGUUGCCAUGGGUUAUGGGGACCGGUCGGGGGGGGGACGGCAGCAGAGGAGGAGGAUGAGGAGGGAGAUGUGGAGCCCGAGGUGUGGGGAGCGCGACCUGAUGGCAGUGUUCUCGAGCAGGAGAUCCAGCGGCAAAUUGUCGCUUUCCAUGACAGCCGACCGUCCAGAGCCCGUUCGGUUCGGGACGUGUUCGGCAGCAGAGCGGCGGAGCUGCGACCGUGGCCGGAGGGUGGGGAUGAUGUGGACGCUGCUGCGAGAGACGACGACAUCGACGACGACUGGACUGAUGAUGAUGACACGCCGCUGAGUCGCGACCCGACGGUUGAGCGAGUGUACUUCACUUACGGUGGGGGUCAUGACGACAUGGAUUCAUUCACAUCAGUUAUCACUGGUGAUGUGUCGUCGACCGCACAGGCGAGUGGCAGCAGCAGAGCCGGCGGUGGUCGUGGAGGAUGUUCGCAUGCGGAGGAUCGAGUGGACGACUCGGGGGAGCAGCAGCCACGGGGAGGUCUUCGGCAGACAGGGAGGCGUUGGGAGGUUAUGAGCGACAGCGAGGCCGAUGGGGAGGCCGAGGAUGAGGAGGUGCCCCUUUACGAUCGUCGCUUCUCUCCCUCCCAUCAUCCGAUCUCUGCACAGCCCGAGGCACUUAGGCAUUCGGAGAGGUUGGCAUCGGCAGCAGGUAGAGACCGGACACAUGACGGCGAGGAUAGUGGGGGGGAGAGGACUCCUUUCGACGCCGGUAUCCGCCCCCGCUCGCCGUCGGUGCUCCGCACACAGGACUUCGACGUCAUAGGGCUUGGCGGGAGCUUGGGAGAUUUCAGUGUUGAGGGACGUCGACGUGCCUCACCGCAGGAGGUGCGCACAGACGCGGACGUUGAGCAGGGCCCUGUUGAGACUGAGGAGGAGAGGGAUGCCCGUUUGGACCGAGAGGAGGAGGAACAACUGAGGAGUUUGCCACAGUGGGAGGGUCGGUUCGCGUAUCUCGACGAGCAGCGUUGGCAGAGGGACUUGGAGACAGGAGGGGGGGGGAGCCGUGACGUCGACGACUCGGGUGUCCCUAAGGAGGCGGUUCAGAGGGAGUUCGAUUAUGAGGGGCAGGAUGCCGCCGCGGGUGGUGGGUCAGGUGGUGGAAGACGUGGCGACGAGGAGACCGCGGGUGUCCCUGAGGGGCAAGAUGUUGUCAUGGGCGGUGGGUCCCCUAGUGGGGGCCGUGGCGACAGCGAGACCACGGGUGACGAGGGAGAGGGUGCCGCAGUGUGUGGCAGAGGAGAGGGUGGACCCGGUGGAGAUGGGGAUACCGCGGGUGUCAGUGGAGACGAUGGACCGGACGGCGACGAUGACGACGACCACGGUCCCGAGGAUGAUCCGUAUAGGCUCGCCUUAGUGUUGAGAGACCCUAUAGUGCCUCCCUUGCGCCCUGAUGACACAACACACACUUUCUUCGACGUCGACGCUUUGGCGCAAGCGUUGACGGAUGACCGUUUCGCACACGUGAGCCGCAAGAGCGGCAAGCAGCGGGCUCCUAGGAGGGUAUAUUCACCGUCGCCGUUCGUGGUGCAGAGCCCUCACUGGUCGGGUUCGUCGCUCAGCGGCGUGAGAGGGAGGGAGUCCGGUGUGGGUGAGGUGGGGUCCGACAGACGCAGCGACGACGGUAGAGAUAGUGCGGGAUCGGAUGCGAUUCAGAGGGAGAGAGAGGGGGGGAUUGCUGCACAGGCGGAGGAGAACGAGGACGCAGACACUGAGUCCGAGCCGAUCGAGACCGCGGCCCGCAGACACAGGGCACAGGUGGCCGCGGUGGCCGCUGCAGCACAUGCGGCACAUGUUAGCGGGGCACGGGGCACAGGUGCCGGAGGGAGAGGAGGGCGUCGGGGAGGACCGCAUGGCCUCCCGUCCUCCGGGAUAGGCCGUGUGCGCUCUGGUGGGAGAUGACGACGUCCGUGGUGUAUUUUGUUUUUUCAUUAGUUUUUUUUUGUUUUUCACGUGGCUGUACAGCCUGGACGCUAUGUCGGCAGGGUUGUUGCAUAUUUAUGUCGAUGUUGUUCCAUGGAGACGACGACAGUAUGUGGACAUUAGGGUUUUCUUUUUUUUUUUGCUACUCGGUUGUACAGUAGAGACGACGCCCGUCGACGGGUCCAAUUUUUUUUUGCUACUCUGUUGUGUAGCAGGGACGAUGGGUCCAGUUUUUUUUUUUUACUCGGUUGUACAGUAGAGACGACGGGUCCAUUAUUUUUUUGCUACUCUGUUGUGUAGCGGAGACGAUGGGUCCAGUUUUGUUUUGCUACCCGGUUGUAGAGUAGAGACUACGGGUCCAGUUUUUGGCUUCAGCCUUGUACAUACGCAUUUCCAUUGAAAUGCUUUGUCAUAUAUUUGCUCUUGUUCUUGUUCCUCCGCCAACAUUGGUGUUGCAUCUGAGUCGCUGUUGUUUGGUGAUUGUUUUCUGCUCUAUUGUCGUGAUUGUUGCAAAUUAUGUGCUUCUCCGAUGCCACGCACCUGCAUGUCAUGGAUGCCUCCAUUAUGAAUGUGUUGUUAAUUUCAGAUGCGACAUAGGGAUGAUGUGCUAAUGAAUGUGUUCUUACAUAAAUGAUGUGCUAAUAAAUGUUCAUCAGUCUC